AUGACGGUUGUAAAAAUUGUAAGAGGAAUAAAUGUUGUUGUUGUAUUUAUGAUAUUUACAACUAGUCUAUUUAUACACAAAAGAAAAUGUCACAUAAGCCCUAAUAGAAUAGACUUAAUAACUAAGUUAUCUAAACAAUUAGAAUUACUUAAAUACCCUUUAAUAGAAACAUGUCAUCCUCAUCACCUGUCAGGGCUCUCUAAAAAUGAAUGUUGGUUGUUAUUCAAAGAAUAUGCAUUUGUACAUGAGGAAGAAGAACCAAAGCUUGUGGCAAUAGGCAAGGAGAUCAUAAAGAAGUGCGGAGGAUUGCCUCUCGCAGCACAUGCAUUAGGAGGUCUAAUGCGCUCAAGAAGUACUGAAAAGGAACGGCUUGAAGUUAAAGAAAGUGAGAUUUGGACUUUACCAUACGAGAAUGUGAUUUUGCCUGCCUUGAGACUGAGCUACUUAUAUUUAACACCAACCGUGAAGCAGUGUUUUGGCUUUUGUGCUAUAUUUUCCAAAGAUACAAAAAUUAUGAAGGAUGAUUUGAUUCAGCGCUUGACUUUGAAAUAA